GAAAAGAAAAGAAAAAGAAAAAGAAGCGCACCUCACCAUGAGCGGCAGUGUCGCAGUCCACCGCGGCAGCCUCGGCUUUCCGGCGAUGGGAGGAGGAGAGGAAAGGAGAAAGCGAGGCGGAGACGACGAGGAGGAGGAAGAGGAGGAGGAGGAGGAGAAUGGUGUCCGGGGGAUGGAGGCGUGGGAGCGGGCCUACGCCGACGAGCGAUCGUGGGAGGCGCUCCAGGAAGACGAGUCGGGCCUCCUCCGCCCCAUCGACACCAAGACCCUCGUCCACGCCCAGUACCGCCGCCGCCUCCUUCUACGAUCCGCCGCCGCCUCCUCCGCCGCCCCCCGGAUCCAGAAGGGCCUCAUCCGGUACCUCUACGUCGUCAUCGACCUCUCCCGGGCAGCUUCAGAGAUGGAUUUUCGCCCUAGUCGAAUGGUUGUGGUUGCAAAAUGUGUUGAGGUAUUCAUUAGGGAAUUCUUUGAUCAGAAUCCAUUGAGUCAUAUUGGUAUGGUCACCAUAAAAGAUGGUGUUGCCCAGUGCCUAACUGAUUUAGGUGGCAGCCCAGAUUCACAGAUUAAAUCUUUACUUGGCAAGCUUGAAUGUUCUGGUGAUGCUUCCUUGCAGAAUGCCCUAGAACUUGUCUAUGGAUAUCUGAGCCAGAUCCCAUCAUAUGGUCACCGGGAAGUCUUAAUCUUGUACUCUGCUCUCAAUACCUGUGAUCCAGGAGAUAUAAUGGAGACAGUCCAGCAAUGUAAGAAAGCCAAAAUAAGGUGCUCUGUUAUCGGCCUGUCAGCAGAAAUUUACAUAUGCAAGCAUCUUUGUGAGGAAACUGGGGGUUCAUAUACUGUGGCAUUGGAUGAGUCUCAUUUCAAGGAAUUGUUACUGGAGCAUGCCCCACCGCCCCCUGCAAUAGCAGAAUAUGCAGCUGCCAAUUUGAUCAGGAUGGGUUUUCCUCAGAGAGGAGCAGAUGGUGUUAUUUCUAUUUGUUCUUGUCACAAAGAAGCAAAGGUUGGUGGAGGGUACACCUGCCCUAGAUGCAAGGCACGCGUGUGUGAGCUACCAACUGAAUGUCAGAUUUGUGGAUUGACACUUGUUUCUUCUCCUCAUUUAGCAAGGUCUUAUCAUCAUCUUUUCCCAGUGACACCAUUCAAUGAGGUGUCUUCCAGGAUUCCAACUAAAUGGAGUCAGAAGUUACCACAAACUUGUUAUGGUUGCCAGCAGAGCCUUGUGAGCCAUGGGGGUAAAUCCGAUCCCCAUGUUUCCUGUCCGAAAUGCAAUCAACACUUCUGCCUUGACUGUGAUAUCUAUAUCCAUGAGAGCUUGCACAAUUGCCCUGGUUGCGAGAGUCAGCAUGGCUCGACUACAUAACAGUUGCAUUUUCAGCAAUAUCGACAAUUGUUGCCUUGGUUAAUGCAUGGCUUAAGAAGAGGCCGAUUUCUCAUGGGGCUUUAACAGCGCACUGUAUUUGAUCUCGCCAUGUUGUUUGGUGUCAGAUUCAUGGAGCCAGUGGAAAUGUCAAUUUGCUUUGACCUCCUAUGUAUUGUUGCAGGAUGGUUUCAGUUGCUUAUUGAUGUGCAUACAGCUGAAGUUAGAGGUUCUCCAAAGUACAAACAAUCCAAGUGCUUAUUUGCCCUUGUCUUGCUUAUUCCCAUGAGCUAGAAGACCCUGCGGAUUUUUGCUUCAAUUUAUCCUCCACCUCGAACCUCCAUAUGUAAAGAUAAUCCUGACACCUUACAUGCAUCUAAUUUGCAUCUAUAAUAUUAUGACCAAAGAGCUCUGCAUCUAA